ACAAAGUACUCCGCUGGUCUCACUGUGCAAUCUCUAGCAAAAUUCAGUUGAUUAUUAUUUUAGUUUUUUAAAAAUAUCGGGUCGUUGCGAUCGGAUUUCAUUCUAAGCCUUUAACCGCCAAAAACCGCCGCCAAAACAGAAAUGUCGCUGAAUCCACAGUACGAGGACAUUGGAAAGGGAUUCGUACAGCAGUACUAUGCAAUCUUCGAUGACCCGGCGAAUCGGGCAAAUGUGGUUAACUUCUACAGCGCAACUGACUCCUUCAUGACCUUUGAGGGCCACCAAAUACAGGGUGCACCAAAAAUUCUUGAAAAGGUUCAGAGCUUAACCUUCCAAAAAAUUACACGAGUGAUAACCACAGUCGAUUCGCAGCCAACAUUCGACGGUGGAGUUCUAAUUAAUGUCCUAGGAAGACUACAGUGCGACGAUGAUCCCCCACACGCCUUCUCGCAGGUGUUCGUCCUGAAGGCCAACGCCGGCACCUUCUUCGUGGCGCACGACAUCUUCCGUUUGAACAUCCACAACUCUGCCUAACUGAACCACAUGUAGUAUCCACACCACUCAGCAACACACACCCACACACACACACACACACUCGACAUCCAAAGAUGCGCCUAACGACAAACGGCUGGCUAUGGAAAUCAACAAAGUAACAAAACGGCGGCCAGAAUGUUCUCACGUUUAUCAACAAAUGAAAAUGGAAAAAACAAACACACACAACAGGAAGAAAUUAAACGCUAACUACUAUUGCGAUGUAAACGAAUUGGGCCGCCAGCUCACCUUCAUUUGCGUCCCAUUGUGCCCGGUGCUCUCGAUUUACGGGGGCCCAUCGAAUUGUAUAUUUCGCAAACACCUGGAUCUCGAGAUCCAAUUUAGAUAGGCUAUUAAAUUUUGUAUACAUAUGCUUUGCGAGGAGCGCUCGGUUUUCAUCUUCCCCGGAAUAUAGAACUUUUUAACCAACCUACUUAUAAGAAAAAAUGAUUUGUGAAAAUUCUAUAAGUCUAAUACUCCCAAUUGUGUUAGAAUUCAACAAUGAAUGUACUUAUUGAAAUAAUUUUAGAUAGACUUAUUACAAAUGGUUUCCUACGAAUUUCCCAGUUUUGAAACCGUAAUCGGAGUGCCGGGCUAAUUACUUUUUCUUCUUUUACUUUACUGUUCGUCCACAGAGUCUUAUAAAUCCUCAUGAUACUCUCACCUUCUAUAAAGAUGCUUAGCAAGUACGAAGAUAUGUUAUGUUGUCGGAAAUAUCGACUUUUGCUUUCUUGUAUAACUAAUUGAAUGAUGGCGAAUUACUUUUUAUUGUGACAAAAAAAAAAAAGAACACUUAAGUAUAAUGAUUAACGUUAAAA